CUCUGUGCAGGCCGGGGGAGGAAGGAGACGUGUCCCAGACACAGAUUAGCCUAAGCGGACAGAUGGAGGCAGAGAGCACCGGUGGAGGCAACAUGGGAGGAAAAGAAGACUUGGAAAUGGCAGAAAAUCCAUUUGAACCUUACAUUGAGUCUAUUCGGCAGCAGCUUGAAGAUCAGGACCCUGUUUUUUUGAUCGGAUUGAUCGUCGCUUUGGCGGUUGUUGUCAUUACCUGCGUUUUUCUGAAGUAUUUCCUCUCCAGUAAAACUGUCAGAAGCGCUGUGCUGCUGGUCGGACUGUGUGACUCUGGGAAAACCCUCCUGUUCAGCCGGCUGUUGUCAGGAAAAUUCAAGCGCACUCAGACCUCCAUUACUGAUAGCAGUGCCCCAUAUAAAGCAAAAAACGACAGGCCCAGUACCUGGACUCUGAUAGACCUGCCAGGACAUGACAGUCUUCGCUCUCAAUACCUAGAGAAAUUCAAAUCAGCUGCCAGGGCGAUUGUGUUUGUAGUGGACAGCGCCAUCUUCCAGAAGGAAGUGAGAGAUGUGGCUGAGUUUUUGUACAACUUGUUGACAGACACAGUGAUCUCCAGGAAUGCCCCGACUCUCCUGGUGGCAUGCAACAAACAAGAUAUCACUAUGGCGAAAUCAGCUAAACUGAUUCAGCAGCAGCUUGAAAAGGAAUUGAACACCCUGAGAGUGACACGCUCUGCAGCCCUGAGCUCUCAGGAUGGCUCUGUGGGAGGAAAUGUGUACCUGGGGAAAAAAGGCAAGGACUUUGAGUUCAGCCAGCUGUCCAUGAAGGUAGAUUUCCUAGAGUGCAGUGCCCGUGGCAGCAAGGGUGAAGACGGGGAUGCAGACAUUGAGAGCCUAGAGAAGAGUCUGGCUAAACUGUGACAUCUUCAACAUCCCUCCAGAGCAGAAAUUGCCUCAAAGACACACCUCAGAUCAACAUAAACUAAUCAAAAGAGGGGUUGAUAACUGUGUGCUGUAAGUGGAGGAUUUAUUUGACAGGAGUUACCAGUCAAAUAUGGUCCUUGUGGCGCAGGCUGUUGCUGUGAAGCUUAAAAUGACAAAACAGUGAAGGUGCACAAAACACAUUUAAUUUAAAACUCAAAGACUGAAAGUUAUAUAAUAAAAAGGUGCAGAGGUUUAUCAGGUUGCUUUGCAGUGCUGGGAAUUGAGUGCUUAUUCUGUCAAUCCUACUGUGAACAUCCAACUCAAAGCGCAUUUUUGUUUUGCUUGUUUGGAACAUAUAGUUUGAUUUUCAUCAACUACAUCUGCUGUUAUGAAUUCAGUUUAAAUCAAAAGAGGUCACAGAAUUUCAAGUUUUGAGUUUAAGGUAGUGUGACCGAUAAGCUGCCUUGAUGUGUUUGAUAGCUCAAGAUUUGGACUGGCAUUUAUUCAAGUCAGCCAUGUGCCUUUUUUGUGGUAUUGACUUUUCUGCAAAAGAAAUGAACUUGUUUCAGAGAGUUGUGUGAAUACAGAGCAUUUGCAAUGAAUGUAUUUGUUUAAGCUUUUGUGUAUGUUUGUUCUUGUCUGACUUGUUAAAAAAACUGAACAUAAAGUUUUUGAUGUUGCAAAUUG